CCAUAACACUCCUUUCAUUAAGAAACAGUGUGCAUUGUGACUGAUGUACUGCCACAUUUUCACAACAAUAUUGGCGCCAUCAGAAGCGUGUUUCUGUGUAAGCAAAGAGCAAGAGUUGCAUCAACACAACGCAAAGAGAGAACACUUUUUCAGCAGGAUCACGAUGGAAGGUCAACGUAAAGAUAGAAGGAUGACUAACCUCUGGAUAUUGACGUUACUGUUAUGCGUUUAACUUGCAUCUUACUGUCUGGAUAACACGGUUUCUCAACUUCUGCGCGUUUUGGAUUGCCGAGCUGGGUCUCGUCCAAAAGGGUUUUGAAGAAGGAUUUAUUUAUUUCCCUUUUCCCAAUUUCCUAUUUCUUCACCAUUAUCACAAAUUGGAAUAGGAGCUCUUUGGGGAGAACAAGUUAUUUUUCAAAGGAUACGAAUCGCGAUCUGUGGAAAAGAAUGGCAACUUGGUUUACGUUUAUCAUCGCAAUUAUUAUCACGUUUUUUACGCAGGUUCUGGGAUCUGGUGUAUUCGAGCUUGAUCUUCAUCAGUUUCAAAAUAAUAGAGGUUUGCUGGAAAACGGCAUAGCUUGCAGUCCAACCUGUAUGACAUUUUUCCGAGUUUGCUUAAAGAAUUACCAGACCGUAGUGUCACCUGGUGACUGCUACUUCGGAAGUUUUGAAACACCUGUACUAGGCGUUAACUCGUUCAGCAUCAUGGAGGACGGCACGUUCACCAAACCGAUUCGUCUGCCUCUCACCCACUUUGCAUGGCCGGGUUCGUUUUCUCUGAUAGUUGAAGCGUGGCAUUCUCCUUCAGCGGAUCUACCUGAAGAAACAAACAAUCCUCCUUUGUUGAUUAGUUAUUUUGCCAUCCAAAGAAAGUUGGAUGUAGGGGAACAGUGGACUCAGGAUGUGCAGAGUGGGAGACAGACGGAGUUAAGGUACUCAUACCGGUUCAUCUGCAAUGAAAAUUACUACGGAGACAGUUGUUCUAAAAUAUGCGCUCCAAGAGACGACCGUUUCGGCCACUACACCUGCAACCCUGACGGGCAAAUAUCAUGUCUUCUGGGCUGGAAAGGAAAAUACUGCGAAGAACCAAUUUGUCUUGAUGGGUGCAGCAAAAAGAAUGGAAAUUGCUCGAGGCCAGGAGAGUGCAUAUGCAGAGAGGGUUGGCAAGGCACAUUCUGUAAUGAGUGUAAGAGACAUCCAUUCUGCAAACAUGGCACCUGUCAGCAGCCCUGGCAGUGCACCUGCAAAGAGGGCUGGGGAGGCCUUCUCUGUGACCAAGAUCUGAACUAUUGUACACAUCACAAGCCGUGUCGUAACGGGGCCACCUGUAUGAACACGGGCCAGGGGAGCUACACCUGUACCUGCCAGCCAGGAUUCACUGGGGACAAGUGUGACAGAGAGGUCAAGGAGUGCGACAGCCAGCCCUGUCGGAACGGAGGCCAGUGCUUGGACCUUGAGAAUGGCUAUAGGUGUGUAUGCCUUCAGGGGUUCGAGGGGACGCAAUGCGAGCACAGAAUGCUGACUUGUACAGAUUCACCCUGCUUCCACGGGAAGUGCAAAGAAAGGGACAACGGGCGAAGUUACAUGUGCGAGUGCCCAGGGGGCUUCACUGGACUCAACUGUGAGAAGAAAGUGGACAAAUGUACCUCCCUGCCUUGUACAAACGGUGGACGUUGUGUUAUCCACGGCACCACACGCUGGUGCAACUGCCUCUUGGGAUUUACUGGCCCGCACUGCCAGAUCAACGUCAACGAGUGCGCUGCCAACCCCUGCGCCAACGGAGCAACUUGCAUGGACCGCAUCAAUGACUACAGUUGUAUAUGCCCCUUGGGUUACACUGGUCGCAAGUGUGACAUGUCUACAGACAGCUGUCCCUCCAAACCCUGCCUGAACGGUGGGACCUGCACUGAAGGGGCCAAUGGCCGGCCCACUGCUUGCACCUGCCCAAUUCACUUCAGCGGGCCCCUGUGCCAGUACAAUGUGCCUUUACUACCCCCCAGCCAAAGCCCCGUCAGAGAGCCCCAGGAUGAGCUUCACUGGGCAGCCAUCUGUCUGGGUGUGGGCCUGGUGGUGCUCCUGGUGCUGAUCUGCAUGGUGGCCUUCAUCCUGCACCACAUCCAGCAGCAGAGGAAGAGGAAGAAUGACUCAGAAACAAUGAACAACCUGUCAGAGUUCCAGAAGGAGAACCUCAUAUCUGACCUGCAGCCAAAAAACACCAAUAAAAAGGUUGACCUGGACCUUGAGCUGGUUUAUCCCAAGGAGAAGUCACAGAACCACAAACACGUCAACUACCACUUGGACUAUAAAACCUCCAAAGAGUACAAGGAUGAGCCAUCGGAAGAUGGCAAUUAUGAAAAUACGAUAGAGGAGAAAAUGCCAUUGAGUGGAAAGUACAUGCCAGAGUGUAGGAUAUCAACGAUAUGUUCUCCGAGAGAUUCAAUGUACCAGUCUGUGUUUGUGAUAGCAGAGGAGAAAAAUGAAUGUGUCAUAGCAACUGAGGUAUAAUAUAUGGAGGGUAUCAGACAUUCUCAAGAAUGGAUAUCUUCUGGACUGUUUACAGGUGUAGAAGUAGACUGGGAUUUAUUUAACUGCGAUUUGCUGCUCUUGAAAACUUGAUAACUGGACAGAGCCUUAGUGCUCUAUGAAUGCAAUAGGACUUAAACUACAGACCUUUUAGAAUGUAAGGACUGAAAAAGACUGUGAGAUAAUACACAACUUGGACGUUUGGACGUUUCACCCUCAGUGUAUACUGACAGAUUCAGCCCCUUGACAGGUCCCAGCAUAUCCAUGGGAAACAGGCCUAUGUGUUUAUGCCAGCAUUCCCAUCAGCAGCAGGAGGUGGCUCUGUCUUGAGAUACUCCACCUUAUUGUGAUAAUCAGCAACCAACCAAUCAACUUACAGCCAACAUGCCUGUGGAAGGAACCAGCUCCUUCCAUUUACUGUGGUCGAGUGCUAUGCAAAAAGGGAGACUUUGUUUAGUAAACUUUCAAGUUGAAGAAAUACUGGAAACGGUUCAUUUUAUGACAAUAUUUUAGACCUAGGUCUAUGUCAACUUUGUAAAUUUACUUUACAUUUAUUUUAUUUUUUACUUUGAUUAAGAAUGUAUGCAUCCCGAAUCACAGAGCCUUAAGUAUGGGUUAAAGAUCUUAGUGCCCAGCUUCAUCUUGUAUCCUUUGCACAGAUAAAUGAAGGGAAAAUAUUUUUAAGAGAAAACAACUGAUGCAAUGAAAUGAUGUUGUGACAGGGGAAUUCAAGAAGAAGCAAUAUUUACUUUUUAUUAUGCAAUAUUGUCCAUUAAUUAGGACAAAGAAAACAGAGGUGACUAACGUACAAAGGACGCCUAUAAUUAGAAUUGACAUUACUGAUCCCGUAAUGUUAUUUUUAAGAUCACUAGUUAGUUAAAUAUUAUGAAGAACUGGCCUUUCUAUGUUUUAUAAGAUUAUUUUGUAUAUAAUGUAUUUAUAAAAAAUUUAAUUCGUUAUACAACUGCUUUUAAUUUGAUGCCCAAACAGUUGAAUUUAUUUUGUGUGUGUGAUUGUUGUUUUUUAAACAAUGAAGACAUAUUUGGUACACUGUUGUUUGUUGGUUACACGUUGAGUAGAGUUGGUCAACUAUAGCUCAACAUUUGCCUAGAAUGAUGAAGAAACUUCGAUGAAGUACAUCGCCUGGAGUGGAAAUUACUUAUUGUCUAGAUAAUGUCUGACCUUGUAGCAGUUCAAAUAAUUCCAUGUAUAGGUGAAAGGCAUGGGGUUUAUUGUGAUGUGAAAUCAAUGUGCUCACAGUCAUUCAGUGGACGGUAUGGUAUGUGACAGUAAUGUGAGAAAUAUGGACAAAAGUUAUAUAUUAAAAGUGUAAUGUUAAUGUACAA